CAAACCAAUAAGAAAUACUAUAAUAUGGAUAAAAUUAAUAGGCCUAUCCUUUGUUUUAGAAAACAUGAGAUACUCGAAAGCUACAACCAAACAGCGUCAUCAUGAAGCGCUGUCCCUUUAACAUCUGAGCCGAUUUGAGUGGGGCCAACAUGUUACAGUUCUCCUCCCCUUAAUGGAUUAUUCACAAGUUCAGUCCCUCAAGACUUCUGGACGAACCGUUUGACAACAAGCCAAAUAGCUAGCGCGAUAUACGCAUUGGUUUUGCGGUGUUAUUGUUUAGUUUAGCCGGUGUCAAUGUUAAGUUAAGGACAACAGGUGGAAUAUUCAGUGUAGACAGUGGAUACAUUCAAAGAAGACCGUAAAGAAAUGCUUGGCUGGUUUUCUUUAGGUAGGAGCCACGCGGUAAAUGAAGAUAUAUGUCUAUACCGGUAUGGUCUGGUGAUUCAAACAAAGAGGGAUGGACAGAACGAUAGACAACGCUCUCUGUAGUGAGGAGGACUUCUAACUGACGCUUAAUGGUGCGCUAAUCGUCAUUUGUUUGGAGGAUACAUCAUCAUGGUGGUUGAGAGGACACUUCUCGCAGCAAGGCAAGGGGAUGUACAAACUUUGAAAGUACAAUUAGCGGAGAAAGUACUCAACGGCGAUGUGAAAGAUGUGCUGGGAGCGACUCCCGUACACCACGCAGCUCGAGCAGGGAAGCUCACCUGUCUGCGGUAUUUGGUUGAGGAAGCGGGUUUACCGGCGAACAGCCUGGCGAGAAACGGCGCGAGUCCUGCUCAUGACGCCGCAGCCACGGGCAACCUGACCUGCCUACAGUGGCUCGUGACGCACGGAGGAUGUCGAGCGGCCGAUAAGGACAGCUCAGGGGCCACUGUCCUGCAUCUGGCUUCCCGCUUCAGCCAUCAUGAGAUCAUUGAAUGGUUGCUGAAAAGUGGGGAAGGGGAUCCUACUGUUGCCACGGAUACAGGGGCAUUGCCUGUUCAUUAUGCUGCAGCUAAAGGGGACUUGCCUUCGCUCAGGCUGCUACUGGAACACAGUCCAAAGUAA